UAUACUUAUACUUAUACUUAUACUUAUACUUAUACUUAUACUUAUACUUAUACUUAUACUUAUACUUAUACUUAUACUUAUACUUAUACUUAUACUUAUACUUAUACUUAUACUUAUACUUAUAUGUAUUGAUUACUAGGGUCGUAAAAGGAAUCGCUGAAUCUCAGGGAAAAAAUCCUGAUCGAACUCCACAAAGAAUCAUGGGAGGAACCCAUAAGGGAACUCGUUGAGGAAUUCUAGGCGAAGGUCCUAGAGAAUUCCCGGAAAAUUUGAAAGGAGCAUUCCCGGAAGAUGUUCCAGGAGGAAUCCUGGAAAGAUUUCCUGGAAAAACCCAGCGGAAAUCUAGAAGGAAUCAUUCUAAAAGGAAUCACAAAAUGUACACAUGAAAGAAUUCCUCCACCUGGAACUCAUGGAGGAAUCCCAAACGGAACUGCUCGAUGAACCACUGAAGGAACUUCUGGGUGAAUCUUAGACAGAAUUCGUGAAACACAGAAUCUUAGAAGCAACCCAUGGUUAAUUUUCGAAAAAAAGGGAAUUCCAGAAAGACAUUGCGGGAGAAACCGGUGAAGGAACUUCUGAAUGAAUCAUAGGAAGAGCUCCAAGAGAAAUCUCAGGAUAAAGAAUCCUGGAAAUAAGGCAUCCUCAGAAGAAAUUUAUUGAAGAGUUCCAGAAUUCCAGAAGGAACUUCUGGAGGAAUCCCAAAAUGAACUCUUGCAUAAUCUUAGAAGAAAAUCCUGGGCGAUCCCGGAAGAAACUUCGUAAAUAACCCGUGAUAAAACUUCUGUUGGGAUUCUCAGAAUCUCAAAAGGAGAAAUCUCUUCGGGAUCUCCUUGAGAAAUCCCUUAAUGAACACCUUGAGCAAUAAAUCUCUGAAGAAACUAUUGGAGAAAUUUUGGGGAAAUCUCGGAACGAAAUUUUGGAAGAAUCCGGAAAGGAAUUCUUAGAGGAAUGUUAGAUUCGAAUUCUGUUCGCGCACAUGCGCUCCCAAUGAAGGCAGCAGCAUGCGAGGCUGUGCGGGCACUGACACCAAUCAACGCAUCCGAUUCGUCAUCGACCACCGACGCGGCGCUCACACACUCACCCGAGCCGACGGAACAGAAGCUACCUGCGCUGCGAGAGAGUGAGUGCUGUGAGCUCCAAACAUUGAGUUCGGCAGCAGACCGCUGCCGCAGCCGUCAUCAUCAUCAUCAUCAUCUGUCGUUAGCGUGGUGAUGGUGGUUCCCGAAAUGUCGCGUGGGUUCUAGGCACGCGUGGAACCUUGCGCAGAAGCUUCCACGUGAUUCUGGAAUAUGGAUUUUGUGAUAUAAAUAUGCGACCCGUUCGCAGUAGCGGGUCAGUUUGAUUUCGAUAAGCGUUCGCGUGGCUUAUGACAACGCGUAGUGUAAAAAGUGAAUAAAUUAGUUAAGUGAAAGUGAACCCAGUGAUUUUUCUAUCGCGGUCCGAAAACCCAGUUUCCUCCCUUACUGUGUGAAACAGUCCAGUGUUCUUGCCAAGUGUUCUUGUGUUUAUUGCCAAACACAAAGUGGUCCUUCGAACCGGAUCAGGAUCCGGUAGUGUGUGAAAGCGUGCCGCGUGGCUUGAACAACGCGGUAGUGUGUCGUUUAAAAAGCGUACCGCGUGGCUUCGACAGCGCGGCAGUGCGUAGUUUAGAAGCGUGCACGUGGCUUCAACAACGUGCUGUGCAGUGAAGAGCGUGGACGUGGCUUCGACAACGUCCGUAUCCGUGUCGGUCCGCGAGUGUAAACCGCGUCGUCGCGUAGUGACUUCAUCCGUCGUUCCGGAAUUCGUGUGGUACCAAUUCCAUCCGGUCCGACAAGCGCGUCGAUUUUCGUGGUAUCCCGAGUGAGUCCGCCGUCGCGUAGUGCUACUUUCCGUCACUCCGGACAUUCUGUGUUCCACCCGUUGUGACAAGUGCGUCGGUUCCCAGCUAAUAGACGGUUGAUUCCAUCGUCGCGUAGUGCUUUGUGUCCGUCGCUUCGGAAUCUUCAAGUGAUUUCUUCCGUCCGUGGCGACACACGCGUCGGUUCCAGGGAUCGUAUCCAGUAAACUCCCGCGAAGUUCCUGUAUUCCGCCGUAGUGUUGGGCAUUGUAUCCAUCGCUUCGGAUACCGUGCUACCUUCCAUCCGUUGUGUCAAGUGCAGCGGAAUCCCUGUCUGCAUUUCCGUUGCUGACCCGUGAGAGACUCGAUUAAGAUGCCGCCCAAGAGAACACCGGUGAAGAAGAUGCCAGAUCCAGCUGAAGACGGAGAACUGAGAGCGCUGUUCCUCAACCGUGGAGCUGCUCAACGAAAUGUGAGCCGAAUCCAGACCAUCCUGGAACAAGUCGAAGCAGACAACGUCGAGCUAACCUCAGCCAAGAUAAAGGUGUACCAACGAAGCGUCGAGAAUGCUCACACCGAGUACACCAGAUUUCAUCAACAAAUCAUCGCCACGUCUCCGUCAGACGGACUUGAGGAGCAAGAAGAGUGUUACCUCAAGUUUUUGGACUUGUACGAGGAGGUAUCUGUGCUACUCGAGAGCUGGAGCGAGAAGCUAAAUGCGCCCGCAACCCAGCAGCCACCGUGUGCCACCACCAACCAGCAGCCGAUCAUCGUACAGUCUCAGUCAUUCCGUGCUCCGUUGCCAACCUUCGAUGGACGUUAUGAAGCAUGGCCACGCUUCAAGGCCAUGUUUCAAGAUCUGAUGCAGCGCUCAUCAGAUUCGGACGCGGUGAAGCUAUACCACCUGGAAAACUCUUUGAAGGGUGAAGCCACCGGCGUAAUCGACCUGGAGACGUUGCAGAAUAACAACUACCAGCGCGCAUGGGACAUCCUGGAGGAGAGGUUCGGCAACAAGCGACUAAUCGUGGAGUCCCACAUUCUAGGGCUGCUGAAUAUGAAGAGGAUGGGUAAGAAGUCGUCUAAGGAUCUCCGAAGCUUAAUCGAUGAAUGCACCCGCCACGUGGAGAACCUUGUCAAGCUUGGCCAACCACUGCUGGGAAUGUCGGAGUUGCUCGUGGUGACCGUGCUCACUCGCGCAUUGGAUGACCAGACCCGCGAGUUGUGGGAGGCUUCGAUUGAUCAGACGGAGCUCCCGGAAUACGAGCAGACGAUCGAGUUCCUCAAACAGAGAUGCGUCAUCCUGGAGAGAUGCGAGAAGAGUGCUCCCAUCGUAUCCCCGAAUCCCAAGGUCUCCAACCAGAAGCCGCCUGGGUCCAAGCUCGCGCCUUCCAAGACUUCGCACGCAGCAGCAGUGACUUCGGAGUAUAUGUGUGAUUUCUGUUCCGGUCAACACCAGAACUACAAAUGUUCCAACUUCCUGAAGAUGUCUGUGGAUCAGCGACAAGCAAAGGUAAAGGAAGUGAAUCUUUGCUUCAACUGCCUAAGGAAGGGCCAUCGUGGUGCGGCGUGUUCCAGCGAUAAGUCGUGUUCAAAGUGCUCCAAGAAACACCACACGCUACUUCAUUUCGAACGUGAGAAGCCCGAAGUGAAACCCACUGAUGCGCCGAAGACUCCAGAAGGGAAGCCGGUACCUGCAGUGCAGCCGGUGAAUACAUCGUGUUCCAGCAGCAUUCCUCCACCGGGUAAGCAGGUAUUCCUGAUGACUGCAAUGGUCAACCUGACCGCCAAAAACGGCCAAGUUCAUCGUGUGCGAGCCUUGUUGGACUCCGGAUCGCAGAUCAACGUCAUUUCCGAGUCUGUGGUUCAAAGAUUGAAGCUUCCGAAACAACCAGCGAAUGUUCCCGUCAUCGGCGUCGGAGGUAACAAGUCCAAGAUGCACCACAAGGUGGUGGUGCGAAUGACAUCGAACUACAGCGAUUAUGCCGUCAACGUUGAAUGCCUCACUACUCCGAAGGUGGCGGGCACGGUUCCGCCGGUGAGUGUUAACAUCGAUACGUGGAACAUCCCGCCUGGUAUUCUGCUAGCCGACGCCGCCUUCUAUUGUCCAAACGAGAUCGAGAUGUUGAUUGGAGCUGGUCUGUUCUUUGACGUCCUUAAGCAAGGUCAGAUCAAAUUGUCCAGCACUUUGCCGACCCUGUACGAAACCCAAUUCGGAUGGGUAGUAGCUGGUACGUACGAUGACCAGGCCGAUGAUCGCCCGGUAUGUGCCAACGUUGUUGUGAACGAUGGAUUAGAGGAGUGCCUGAAGCGAUUCUUCGACCAGGAGGAAAUUGUCGAGCCUGCAAUGACAAGCACCGAGGAAGAACGGUUUGAAGAGCACUUCAAACAAACAUACCGACGUGACGACACUGGAAGAUUCGUAGUACAACUUCCCUUUCGUGAUUCUGUGAGCCAGCUAAGUAAUUCCAGAUCCCUCGCCAUGAAACGUUUUUUGCUCCUAGAGAAGAGGUUGGCGAAAAAUCCAGAACUCAAGAACCAGUACACAGAGUUCAUCGAUGAGUACCGAGCCCUGGGUCAUUGCCGGGAGAUACAGGAGGAUGAGGACCCACCUGGAACUCAAGCCUACUACUUGCCACACCAUUGUGUCCUGAAACCAUCCAGUAGCAGCACCAAACUACGUGUUGUGUUCGAUGCUACAGCGAAGGCGAGUGGUUUAUCCCUAAACGAUGUGCUGAUGACCGGACCGAACAGCCAAAGUGAGUUGUUCACCAUAGUGAUGCGCUUCCGGACCCACCCCAUCGUAUUCUCUGCGGACGUGUCAAAAAUGUACAGGCAAGUACUAGUGGACCCUUCACAGACCCGAUACCAGCGAAUCUUUUGGCGAAACAACCCAUCGGAAGCGCUGAAGGUUUUCGAACUGUUGACCGUAACCUACGGAACAUCGUCAGCAUCCUUUCUGGCUGUGCGCUCGCUUAUUCAACUAGCACGGGACGAGAGCACGAAUUAUCCCACGGCUGCCGAGAUCAUCUUGGACGACUCUUACAUGGACGACAUCCUUUCUGGCGCGGAUUCGGUUAAUGAAGCGAUUAAACUUCGGAGCGAUAUCGAGGAGUUGAUGCUGAAGGGUGGAUUUCCCGUCAGAAAGUGGUGUUCAAAUUCCGAAGAACUCCUUGACAGUGUUCCAGAGGAGGAUCGUGAGAAGCUGGUGCCAAUUCACGACUCCAGUGCCAACCAAGCUAUCAAGGCUUUAGGACUCAUGUGGGACCCGCGGCGAGAUUUGUUCCUGUUUUGCCAAUCCGCUGAUACGACCAACCCCGGAGCGGUAGUGACCAAGCGACGUGUCCUGUCCCAAAUAGCGAGGUUGUUUGAUCCACUGGGACUCGUCGCGCCAGUGAUUGUGGAAGCGAAAAUGAUAAUGCAAUGCUUGUGGGCCAGCAAAUUAGGAUGGGACGAUACCCUUGACGAUGAGCUACUCCAGCGGUGGAAUACUUUCCGGACUUCCUUGGAUCAUAUAACAGAUCUUGAAAUUCCACGGUGUGUCGUGGAUACAGAGAGGGAGGUAUUAGAGAUCCAUGGAUUUGCCGACGCUUCCAAGAGUGCAUAUGGAGCGUGCGUGUACAUCCGUUGCGUUCGACGAGAUGGUUCAGCGGUAGCCCAUCUACUAUGCAGUAAGUCCAAGGUAGCUCCCCUCCGUGAGAUGACCAUACCUAGGUUGGAGCUGUGUGCUGCCUUACUACUCGCCAAGCUAGUUGCCAAGGUAGCUCCAACGCUGAAGCUGUCUUUCGAUGAAGUCAAGUUGUGGUCGGACAGUAAAAUAGUACUGGCCUGGAUCAACAAACCCCUGGAUCGGUUGCAGGUUUAUGUUCGUAACCGUGUAGCCCAAAUCAAGCAUCUGACCGAUCGUUACCAAUGGAGUUACGUGAAUACUUUGAAUAACCCAGCUGACAUUGUUUCACGGGGAAUGCCGCCAGACUUGCUGAAGCAGUGUAGCUUGUGGUGGAGUGGACCAACAUUCCUCAGCACAACCGAGUACGAAGUGGAGGCGAUUACAGAGAUUCCUGAAUGUGAAAUCCCCGAGCUGAGGGAAGUGAUCAUCGCAAAUCCAGCUAUAGAGUCGGAGCCGGUCUUUGAACGGUUCAGCUCAUUCACCAAAUUGCAGCGGGUUCUGGCACAGGUGGUUCGAUUCGUCCGACUAGUUCGAACACCUAAGGAGCAGAGGAUGCUAUCCAGUGCCUUGACCGUUCAAGACAUGCGAAGAGCCGAGAUUUCCAUCGUUAGAAUUCUGCAGCAGAGUGAACUUCAUGAGGAGAUCCAGAGUAUCCAGCGAGGCAAUUUCCCGAAACGAAUGGCCAACUUGCAGCCGUUUAUCGACGACGAAGGAUUACUACGAGUCGGAGGGCGCUUGCAAAACUCCAAGCUACCUUUCGAAGCCAAGCACCAGUUGUUGCUUCCUCGGAAACAUCGUGUUACGGAAAUGCUGAUACGCAAAUACCAUGAGGACCGUCUACACGAGGGCCAAUCCGGAUUAUUGGCCGCCAUUCGGCAGAAAUUUUGGUUGACGAAUGCACGAUCCGCUAUUCGCAAGGUGAUCCACGAUUGUGUUAAAUGUUUCCGGACGAAGCCACGGAGCAUCCAGCCUCUGAUGGGUGUGCUACCUGAAGCACGAGUCACCGAGCAUGCGCCAUUCGAGCUGACCGGCGUGGACUAUGCCGGACCGAUACUUGUGAAGGAAGGCAAACGCAAGCCGAAGGUAGUAAAGGCGUACAUCUCACUAUUCGUAUGCCUGUCAACGAAAGCCAUCCACCUCGAAUUAGUAUCCGACCUGACCUCUGAUGCUUUCCUUGCCGCUCUCGACCGUUUCAUCAAUCGCCGCGGUCUUGUCCGCAAGCUAUUUUCGGACAAUGGGACCAAUUUUGUUGGGGCUUUGAAGGAGCUUCGACAUCUACGUGAUAUGUUCAACGACCAGGUGGAGCGGAACAAAAUCAACGACUUCCUGAUCGGCCGAGAAGUUGAAUGGGACUUUAUUCCGCCGAGAUCACCUAACUUCGGAGGAUUAUGGGAGGCCGGAGUGAAGAUAGUGAAGUCCCAUCUCACCAGAACUCUCGGGAAUACAACUCUAACGUUCGAGCAACUCAGCACUGUGUUGACCCACAUCGAAGCGAUUGUCAACUCUCGACCGCUAUAUUCCACAUCAGAUGAUCCUAACGACCCUCAACCGAUAUCGCCUGCACAUCUAAUGCUUGGUCGACCAAUGGAACCGGUGAUUAAGCCAUCGUAUUUGGAUGUACCAGCAAACCGCUUAACCAAAUGGCAGUAUCUGAACCAGAUGAGAGACCACUUCUGGAAAAAAUGGUCUCGAGAAUACCUUUCAACUCUACAAUCGAGAGCAAAAUGGACAAAGAAACAGCCCAACGUAAGGGUCGACACCGUCGUUUUAUUGGCCGAGGAUAAUCAACCAGCACAGACUUGGAAGCUUGGAAGAAUCAUCGCCGUCUACCCAGGAAAGGACGGUAUCGUUCGUGUUGCUGACGUCAAGACAACCACUGGUGUAUACCGUCGUGCAGUAAGCAAACUAGCGCCGCUUCCCUUGCAAGAGACCGACGAGCAACAGUCAUCUAAGUUGGAAUUGCAUUCCAACGGGCGGGACUAUGUUCGCGCACAUGCGCUCCCAAUGAAGGCAGCAGCAUGCGAGGCUGUGCGGGCACUGACACCAAUCAACGCAUCCGAUUCGUCAUCGACCACCGACGCGGCGCUCACACACUCACCCGAGCCGACGGAACAGAAGCUACCUGCGCUGCGAGAGAGUGAGUGCUGUGAGCUCCAAACAUUGAGUUCGGCAGCAGACCGCUGCCGCAGCCGUCAUCAUCAUCAUCAUCAUCUGUCGUUAGCGUGGUGAUGGUGGUUCCCGAAAUGUCGCGUGGGUUCUAGGCACGCGUGGAACCUUGCGCAGAAGCUUCCACGUGAUUCUGGAAUAUGGAUUUUGUGAUAUAAAUAUGCGACCCGUUCGCAGUAGCGGGUCAGUUUGAUUUCGAUAAGCGUUCGCGUGGCUUAUGACAACGCGUAGUGUAAAAAGUGAAUAAAUUAGUUAAGUGAAAGUGAACCCAGUGAUUUUUCUAUCGCGGUCCGAAAACCCAGUUUCCUCCCUUACUGUGUGAAACAGUCCAGUGUUCUUGCCAAGUGUUCUUGUGUUUAUUGCCAAACAAAUUCCUUGAAGAAUUCUGAAACUUCCGGAAGAACCUCAGAAGGAAUUCUUGGAGAAAUUUCGGAAGGAUUUUUUGGAGAAAACCCUGAAUGAGUGCUAGGAGGAAUGCUGGAUGGAACCUCUGCCAGAAACAGCUACCUGAGGAAUCUCAGAAAAACUUCUGGAAGAAUCCAAGUAAGAACUCCUGCAGGAAUCUAAAAAAAUACUGGAAGAAAUUUCUGGGGAAGAACCAGAAAUAAUUAAGUAAAAAGAAAAGAGUCGAGUCAAGUACAAGAUACUUAAGACGACCUUACAGUUGAGGUCGAAAUAGGCAUCUGUCAAAGGAUGCAAAUUCUUAGUGGAGUUCAAAGGAACAGUACUUAACACGAUUGUCUUUUUACUCACAGGUACAGGUUUAUGAUCAUCAGAAAUAAUUGAGUGGAAGAAUUUGCGAAUACGAUAGACCAGACAAAACAUAUGUAUUUGCAGAAGACACCUUUUUCGUCGGGCUGAGAUAUGUAUUUGCUAAUCAAAUCAAUUUUACUUCAUCACCAUCUAGUGAUACAGUUUCAAUCUAGAGAUCAAUUGAAUAGAAGUAUCGGUACUACAUCAACAAGAGUCUAAUAUAGGUGUGGAUAUAUGGAAGAAGAUAUUGUGUGUGCGUGAGAUCCGCAAAACUAAUGUUUGUCAUUGUUAGAAGGUUAUUUCUUCCUUAGCUUUAGGCCUUUUCAUCACCGAUAGGCAGCUAUUAAGCAGCUAUUUGCUUAGAAGCACUGUUCAGUAAUUUCAAUAAUUUCCUAGUGUGUAAAUGAACCUUUCGGUGACCUCAUAAUUGGUCAGCAAUACGCCCAUGGUAAGACCAGCCUACUAUUUAUGACGGUCGCCAUAUUUAAAAAACUGUCACCAUACCUACUGUGAUGCAGGAAAAGUAAAGCUUGAGCUUGAGCUUGAGCUUGAUUGACCGCCCGUGGAUGCUACUCCAGUAUCGCCAGACCAGCUACACUCACACAAGGAUCAAUGAGAUAACUGCCGGGGACUAGCAGGCAUCUUCAGUGUGUGAGCAUUGGUGAUCUUCUAUUUUUGGGCGACAAUGGCGCCUGCCACGUCAGGUUGCAGGUCAAUGUGGGGAAGGGUAAGGAAGUGAUGAUUGCAAUCGUUUGUAUCCACAUCUGGCCGAAUAUUCCUCUGCGCCAGCACAAAUUCAUGCGGAUGUUGGAGUGUUGGUGGGAAUUGGUUGGCAGAAGGUUCACACAUUGGUGUGUGGAUACCAGGGGAAGGUGAUAGAAUUGUGUGUUUAUAUUAUUUUGAAGAUGUGCGGCACAGCUCGCUAGAUUGCAUAACUUGUAGGCGUUUUCUAAUAGGAUUGUGACACUGUGCUGUGAAAGUUUGGAAGGAAGGGAAACGGCUUUUUCAACCCGUUUCUGUUCUAGCGACGGCUAUGAACAUGUUUAUAUACAUGAGUUGUAUAUGUAGAGAGCAGAGAGAAAGUAUAUAGAAAGAUACAAAGUGGAAGGAAAGGGACGGGCCAGGGAUUGAACCCAGGACCUUCUGCAUAUAAAUCAGAAGCGGUAGCCACUAGACCACCAAGCCCGUUUGCUACUGUGAUGCAGGAAAAGUAAAGGAAAUUAACUGCAUUUAGUCGCUGUUAAGUUUAAUUUGCUGUCACCGUCGACAUUCUUUCCCGUCAGUCUGAGCAUUUCUGGGCCCAUACUCGCGCGCCCUUGAUGGAGGACGAGGAGGAUGGACGGACAGUGAAAGCUCGCUGUCGUUUUAGCGUCAUGUUCAACAGCACUCUCGGAGCGCACAGAACUGUUCACUUUAAUUAUAUCAUUUUGAAGUUGGUCGGGGCCUCACCUCCAUUGGCGUAGCUAGGGGGGGUUCCAGGGGUGCCUGGCACCCCCUAGAACAAAUUUGGCACCCCCUAGAAUUUUUCCAGUCACCUUAAAUUUAAAACUGCACAAUAUAAUUCCAAUAUUAAUUAAUGGCAUAAUUGAACAUAACUUAACCACACCCGAAAUUACUUAUAUUCCUGCUGUACGUUUAGAAGUUUUGAAUAUUGAUAAGAACAGUCAACAGACUUCUCCGUGGCUUCCUUCAGAAAUACCUCCAUCUAUUCAUACAGUGAUUUCUCUAUGCUUCCUUAAUGGAUUCUUCCCGAUAUUCCUUCAGUAAACUUCCCUUUGGAUUCUCCAGGCAUUCCUGAUGGGGUUGUAUAUACUAUAAAAUUCUGCAGAGAUUGAUCCAGCUAUUUCUCCUAGGGUUUCUUUGAAAAUUCGUACUAUGAUACUUCUCAGAAUUCUUCAAGGGAUUCCUCUAAAAAAAUCUACCGUAUGCGUGAUAAUGUUUGCACCAUCGUACAAAUAAGGUUCCCAUAUCACCUGCUCACACAAUGUCUUGGUUUUCUUUGAAUGCACGUAAGCUUUAACUCAUAUCAUAGUAGGCUGCGGGUAAAAAAAUCCGAUUUCUUGAGUUUAAAAUUUGUACCAUGAAGAGGUGGCAGCGGUAGUCGGGAUUUGUCCACGCGCAAAUGUUAAAAAAGACAUUCCAGGAGUGUUCAGGUAUAACGGUCUUAGACCGAAAAAAAGCAAGGGCAACUAUUCCCGGAGGUGUCCACUGACCGUCCGAAGUUAACAUGGAUUAAGAAGGCUAUCGCUGUCACCAAAAACAAGAUUUUGGCGAAUUAUGUGCGCUCAAUGAGGAAAAUGGCAAAGAAACGCGAAAUCAGCGACUUAACGGCACGGAAAAUCGAAAAGGAAAAUUAUGAUGGCCUUGGUGAUCCUUCGACCAAAGAAAAAAAAACUCACAUACAUACCAAUGGCAUCCGGAAGCUACGAGGAGCGCCAUAUAAGAAAGUCUUGAAUUUGCCCGAAUGCAACAUCCGUUUUUUCGUUCUCCGACGAAGUAUCCAUCCCGUACCAAAUUUCAAAAUCAAUAGUUAUAUUAAAUUUUGUUUGUGUAAUAAUGUCUACACCAUUGGGCAAUGUCAAAAUAAAUAAAAAAUCUCAGAUAUUUUGAUUCUUGACUAUGACACUACCACGGACACUUUUCGACAUUUGCGCGUGGACAAAUCACGAGCUAGGUUUCCACUUAGUCAUUAUGCAAGUGUUAAACUAAAAAAAUCUACAUUUUUCAUUCACAGUCUAUAGCUUAAAUACCUGGCAGGUAUGUUUGCACAAAGAAAAUCAAUAUAUUGUAAUCACAAGUAAAACUGGAACGUUAUUUAACGAUGGUGCAGACAUUAUCACGCAUACAGCAUUGGGAUUCCUUCAGGAGUUCCUGGUGGAAUUAUUCAAGACAAUCUUCCUGGGAUCCUUUCAGAAGUUCCUCCGGUGAUUCUUCCAGGAAUUCCUUGAAGGUUUUAUUCAGAGAUUCUUUCGGAAAUUUCUCAUGGAAUUCCUCCAGGAGCUUAUAUUGGCUUUCCUCCGGGAGUUGUGGCUAGGAUUCCUCAAGCAUCUCCUGCUGCGAUUCUUCCAGCAAUUUCUCACUGUGAUACCUUCAGGAAUUCUACUAGGGCAGUUCUUCCGGAAAUUUUACAUGAAAAUUUCGCUGGAAAAAAUCCAUUCGGUGAUUCUUCCAGAAUUUUCUUCAUAGGGUAUAUACAGGACUUCCUCCAGAGGUUCUUCCAGAAAUUCCACAUGGGAUUUCUCCAAAAAAUGGCUUUCCUCCAUGAAUUCCAGCUGGAAUUCUUCAAGAAAUUUCCAUUAGGACUCUUUCAGAAACAUUUCUAGAGAUUUUUCCUGGCAUACUUACUAUCUGCAAUACUUUCGGGAAAUCUUCCUGAGAUUCCUCCAGAAAUUCAUCCUGUGACUCCAUCAUGGAUUUCUCCAAUAUAUUUUUACCGAUUCUUUCAAGGAGAACUGUAGGUAUUCCUUCAGGCAUUUGUUAGAGGAGCUUCUCUUAGGAUACCCUCUGCAUUCCUGAUUUUAGGAUUUCUCUAUAAAUUACUUAUAUGAUACCCCCGGGAUUUUAGGAAUUCCUUCAGAUAUUCCAGCUGGGAUUCCUUAAGCAAAUGUAGUUCUUUCAGCUAUUCUUCCUUAAGAAAUUCAAAUUUUGGUACUUCAGAAAUAAUGCUACGGAUUCUUUUUGAGCUUUCUCCUGUAUUUUUUGCUGGGAUUUUUCCAUAGGCAAUCUUACUGGAAUUCCUGCAGAAAUUUAUUUUGGUUGUUCUACCACGGAUUUCUCCAAGGACUCAUUCAGGAAUUCCUCCAGAGAUUUUAUCCAAUGAUUCCUCCAGAAAUUCUUCAUGGAAUUCCUACAGAAGCUCUCCGGUGAUUCCUCCAGGAAUUUUAAUCCAUAUUUUUUAUCCAUGGAUUCUCUCAAAAAUUUCUCGUGGGAUCCGUCCAGGAACUCCUCUUGGUUUUCCUCCAGGAAUUUCAGCUGGAUUUCUCAAGCUAUUCAUGUUAUGGUUCUUCCAGCAAUUCCUCUUGGACUCCUCCAAAAAUUCUUACUGUAAUAACUCCAGGAAUUCUUGUAGGGUUUCUUCGCUGUGAUUUUUUUACUGGGAUUUCUCCAAAUAUUUAUCAUUGGAUUCCUCCAGGAACUCCUCUUGACUUUUAUCCAGGAUCUCCUCCUGGGAUUUUAUUAUGCUUCUAAUGUUUCAUGAAUUGCUACUCGGGCUCCUCUAGAAAUUCUUAUUGUGAUACCUGCCGGAAUCCCUCUAGGGAUUUCUCCUGGCAUUCUUGCUGGGAUUCUUUUAGGCAGUUUUCCUAGUAUACUUCCAGAAUUGCCUUUGGUACUUACAAGGAUUUUUUAAAAGACUCUUCCAGGAAUUCCUCUUGACAUUUUAUUCAUGGAUUACUCCAGAAUUAAUCAUUGUAUUACUCAUGGAACUCCUCUUGGCCUUAUUCAAAGAAUUUCAGCUGAAGGAAUCCCAAUAGAAACCUUUAGAGGAAUGCCAAAACGAAUUUCGAGGAUAGUUGAAAUUUCCAGAGAAAUCCUGGGAGGAAUUAUUAGAGAAAUCUCUAGUGAAAUCCAAUAAGAAUGCACGGGAAAAACUUGUUAUUAAUUGGAAGGCGCAGAAUGUUGCUAAUUGACAAACUGAUAGUUGAAUUUGUGUAAAAAAUCGCAUUCUGAUGCAAUUCGAACCCACGACUUCGUAUUCGCUAGACCGCAGUAUGGCCAUUUCUUUGAGGGAUCCUUCAACAUAGUUGUUUUUUUUUUUUGAAAAUUUGCGCGGUAGUUUUACUGAAAUUUAGUCAGCAAUUUCUUCAAGUAUUAUUAACGUGUAUUUUAACGUUUGGUAAUUCUACACUAUUUCCAAAAUUCUGGAAUCCUGAAAAAAAAAAUCCUUUGAAAUUCGCGAAAAACUUCCUGACAAGUUCUCAAAGAAAUUGCCAGGAAAAUAACCAUCAAAAUUACCUUGGAAUUUUCAAAUUAGUUGCCAGAAGAAUUCAUGUAAGAAUUACCAGAGGAAUCCCUGAAGAAAAUAUUAAGGCUUUUUAAAGAAAUAGCUCAAAUCCUUUAAAAUAAAUUUCCUAAAUAUAUUCUAUAAGAAUUUUUACAAACAUCCACAAAAAAAUAAAGUAAUUCUCAAAGAAUUCUCCGAAAUCAUCAAAGGAAUUUCUGAAGAAAAUUUUACUAAAUUAUCUUCUGAAAUUCCUUUGAAGAUUUAGGAAAAUUCUUUGAGAUUUCUUAAAAGUAAUUGCCGUAGAAACACCCUGGCAAAGAUUUUUUUUUUCAAAUAAAUUCCCGAAGGAAAUCACUAAGAAAUUUGCUGAAUCUAUUUCUAAAGUAAUCAUUGAAGAAGUUCCCAAAAUAAUACCCAAAGUUUGCAAAAUUUUCCAAGAAAUUGCUGAUGAAUUUCCCAAAUAUAUUUUCAAUGCAAGCAACAUCGGAGUUGCCGAAGGUAUUCCUAAAUCAUCUGCUGCAGGAAUUCCAUACAUAAUUGCUGUAGAAAUCUAAAAGAAAUUGUCUGAAGAAUUCUCCAUAAAAUUACAGAAGCGAUUUUAAAAAGAAUUUCUGAAGGAGUUUUCGAAGGUAUUAGCGAAUUAAUACCGAAUAGCAUACUUAGUUAAUGAAAGUCCAAAAAACGACGAAAAUCCCUAAAAAGAAGAAUGACUGUAUAAUGAAAAAAAUGUGAGGAAGUUCCCAGAGUCAUUGUCGAAUGAAUUACCAAAGGCUUUACUAAAAGAUUUCCCAAAGGAAUUGCAAGAAUAGUACUUGGAGAAUUUAAAAAAGUAUAUAUCAAUAAAACUGCUGACAAUAACAAAACAAUGCUUGAAAGACUACUAAAAAGUUAGCAAAGGAACUCACAAGAAAACAUUUCGAAGGAUUUGCCAAUGAAAAAAAAACAACUCCUAGUCCUAACGGAAUUACCAAAGAAAUUUUCAAAGGAUGCGUGAAAGGUGCUUAAUAACAAAUUUAAAACAUAUUAUUAAAUCAUUUCUUUUAGAAAUUUUCGAAAGGGGUCCAAAACUAUUAUCGAAGAUAUUUGCCAAAUCCAAAGGAAUUACUGAGAGAUUUCGAAAAGAAAUAAAAUAAAUUGCAAAACAUUUUCAAAUAAAAUACCGGAAAUAUUCCCUGAUGAAUUACCGAAAGAAUGUUUUGCCGAAAACACAUUUUUUUGUAUUAUACGUUCGAACCAGACUCGAUACAAUGUUGUUUUUUUAAGUCGGAAUUUGCGGGCAGAAUAUCAUUAUACUAAGAAAUUGAGGAUGGAUCGGUAUUUCCUUUUACAAAAAAAGCAAAACAAUCUGAAGGCCACUGAAACUGGCACCCCCUAGGCACCCCCUAGGAAAAAAUCCUAGAUACGCCAAUGCUCACCUCCUCAACAUCAAACACACCCAAAUGAGAGCUCUCACUCCCUGCGAUGCGGUCGCUCGCUGUAGUAGAGGGACAGUCCAAGUUCGUGGAAAUGUUUUGCGAAGACGAACGGAAAAGCUUCCGAACCGAACAACUAACAGACAGCAAAGGGUUGGACUGUGUAAUUUAGCGAUAAUUAGCUCGCUUUGAGCUCCAUUUGCCAUUCAUAUCCUGAGAUUGCGCAAAGUGUGAAACUGUCACCGGGAAUGACGUUGCGGCGUCCGUCGGCUCUUUCGGGCUCGGGUUGCUUUGAUCGUCUGGUGAAGGUAGGCGCUAAACCGUGAUCUAGUUUCGUCAGCCCACUUUGCUAGAUCCACCAGGCGGCAUGCUUGGAUCGUUAGCUUUUUUGCCUUUUUGGAAUCGAACAAGACAAGCCUUCUUCGAUCCGCUAAUCUCAAAGCGAGACAAUUGCGUUCAUUCUUUGUCGAUGAGAGAAAAAAAUGUUUCCAAACAUUUCGAACCCUGAGUCUAAUUUUGUGGACCUUGAGGUACACGUUUUCGAUUUCAGCGAAGGAAUUCUUUGGCAAUAUCCCGUCAAGAGAGAGAGAGAGAGAAAAAAAACUUCAAGCCAGCUGACUAUUAUCUUUUUGUAACGAACACAAAUUCCGCCGCAGCAGCAGCAGCCGUCGUCGUCACCCCGAAAAAAAACAGCCACCAUCACGGUAAUUGUUCGGAAAUUAAGUAUCUGGUUCAAUCGAACAAAAACGUCGGUCCGCGGGCGCUGGCCGGGCCGGCUGAAAUUGAAAAUGCAGCGGUAAAUUACGUCCCAAAUAGCGGUGUCAGUACACGCUCUGUUCGCAUCGCACAUAAAUACCUACGCCACCUCCACGCCACGCCGCCUUGUCCGCUCUAGGGUUCGCCGGCGAGAGAAGGACAGUUGCUUUAGCAAUCCGUUCGAUCCGAAUUUGAAUGUGCCUCGUCAAUAGCGGCAGCGGCGGCUGUCAUCGAUUCGAUGUCCCGAAAAAAAACCCUAACCUAUAACAAGAACAUACACCCACCCAAUUGCAAUUAGCGGAAAGCCGAACCCGUUGUUCAAACAUCCAUCCUCGCCUUCUUGGACUACUUGGUGACAAGCAGCGCCGCAUAGCCUACUGCUGCUGCCAUUCAAUCACGUUCAAUGGAAAUACGAUACUCUUAUUGCUCAGCACACACACCAUAUUGCGCUCCAUUAACCAUAUGUUGGCACUGACUGGUGGCUGGCUGGUGUCCGAUGUCCAUUUGCCUGCGCCGCGCCGGGGGGCUGCAUUGUGGGUCACAUUGUACGGAUUCAGGAAAAAAAAAAUCGGAAUUCACACCCGGUUUGACACCGCCGGUGACUGAUUUAUUCCGAAGCUGAACUGGGGAACACUUUUUCCUCUAGUUUUUUUUUUAUACCAAAGGCUGUAAAGAUUUAUAGCUAAGCUUCCAGCAGCAUCAUGUUGGGUGGCAUAUUGGAAUUGGGUCGGAAUGCACCGACGACGACGCGACGCCGCCGUCUUUGAUUGACUGAUGCAGUGGCGCAAAGUAAUAAAAUCUUCACCAGUCGCAGCGCUUGCUGCGAUUUCUUGUGCAUUUACUCUGCUCACUGACGAUUCAGCGAGGCGAGACCGACCGACUGAUCUAUCGCUCGGUUGUCUGUCAUUCACAGAGGUGUUGGUUGACCAUUUUAUGGGUCGAUUUGUACUACAUUGGCAUAUUAUAUGGGCACUUAGAUGGUAUAGCGAUUUUCCUAUCGAAUUUCGACGUGCCAACAACCUGUCGCCAUAAAAGCGAAGCCGAUCUUCGAUUGCGGUGUACGUUGUUGCUCUUGAAUGUCUGUCAAUCAAAUGCUUUAGGAGAUAUGGUAAGCCCAGUAGAAACUCCUGGAAGAUUCUCAGAAGGAACCACGGCGGAUUUUCAGAAAGAACUCUUGGAGGAAUUUCAGAACUCCUCAAUGAUUCGAAAUAGCAACUCUUGAAGAAUUCCCAGAAGAUAUUACAGUAAUCCCAGAAGGAACUCCAGGAGAAAUGUCCAAACGAAUCCCACAAGGAUUUCCAGGAAGUAAGCAGGAAGAAGGAACUCUUAAGAAUACCAGAAGGGAUUCCUGAUGGAAUCCCAGAAAAGCAUUAGUAGGAAACCCAAGGAGAACUUCCGAAAACCUCGGCAAUUUCAGAAAAACAUAAGCUUCAAACAAUUCCCACAGGAACUGCUGAAGAAAAACAAAGUUAAAACUAUGCCAAAUCGACAACUUUGUAAAAUUUAGAUGCGAUUAGUUGCGUCCCAGCGCAUCGUAUUGCGAAUAAAUAGCCUAUAAUAUAAUGUAUAAACAAACUUUAUCGAAGACCGCAAAGCGAUUCGACACAUGUGGACAAAGCUAUUCUCUACAGACAAUCUGAGAAUGUUUUACAUUUGACAUGUAAUGGAAUAAUAAUAUGUAUUGUAAUAGGAACCACUUCAGCAGGGGUCCUAUUUCCUUAAUAUUCCUAUAGAUUCCCGAGAUUCGUGUUGUGAUUUCUCGCGAGAUCUUUUAAGCAUUUCCUCGGAAUUAAUUCAGCAAUUUUCCCCAAGAUUCUUCCUGGGAAUUCUUUCUGAGGUUCCUCUCCGUAUUUCUUCAGGGAUUCUCGCGGAACUUCUUCAGGGGUUUGUCCGAGUAUUUUUCUAAAAAUUCCACAUCGGAUUCUUUCAAAGAUUUCUCUCGAUAUUUCCAAAGAAAUUUUUUCAUGAAUGUCCAUCUCUGAAUUCCUUUAAUGAGUCUUCCCGAGAUUCCUCCCAAAUUACUUCUAAGCUUCCUUCAGGGAUUGCUUUCCUGAUUCGUGAUGCAUGUGAUUCCUUCAAAGAUUCACCUGGUGAUUCAAGUAAGGAUUAUUAUAGGAAUUUAUCCAGGGAUUCCGACAAGGAUUUCUCCCUGAAUUUCUCCAGGGAUUUCUUCCGAUGCUUUUUCAGAGUUUGUUGCAGUAAAUAUACUUAAAAGGAUUCCAAAGUGAAAAAUUAGCUCUAGUAAAACGAUAUUUGUAAAUUCUCUGGAGAUUUCUUUCCGGAAAUUUUCUAGUAUUUCCAAACGAGAUUUCUCUCAGGAUGUCUUGUGGGAUAUCUUCAGUGUUUUCUCUCGGCAUUUCAGAAAUUCCUCCUUGGUUUCUUCUGUUCAUUUCUCCAGAUAGUCCCGAAGGGACUCCUAUAGAAAUUCCUUCAGAGAUUUCUCCAAAUACUCCUUCCGGAAUUCCAUCCGGUUACGGGCUUUAGGGACUUCCCGUGAGAUUCCCGCAAGAAUUUGUCUCGUGAUUUCUUCAUGAACUCCUCCCAGGAUUUCUUCAAAAGUUUCUCCAGUGAUUAAUUGCAUGAUUCCUUGAGGAGUUCCUACUGGAAUUCUACUCGGGAUGCAUCUACGAAUUCCUAUCCGAUUUUUUGCAAUGGUCACCUCAGGAAUUUCCGGAAUUCUUCCGAAUAUCAAUGCAGGUGUUCCUCCAGGUUUUUUUUUAAGAAUCUUCCUAAGAUUUCUCUUAGGAUUCCUUCAGCCAUUCGUUUGGAUUCCUUCAAAUAUUUCUCCUCGUAAGAGGGAGGCAGAGUGCUUAAAAGUCUGACGAAUCUAUUGGAUGUUGAGAACGUGUUUAUCACUUCGGACAUAUGAUCAGAUAUUCUUUUCGGGAGUUUGUUGGCCGGCGUAAAAAGUACACUAUGUGCGUGGAAAAUUCAGGAGAGAGGAGAAAGUUUUGCCGUAUUCACACUCGCAGGCUUUCGUUAGCACUUUCGUUUUUCCGGUUUCGUUGGACGACCGGAGAUUCAACGACUUGUGUGAACGAAUGAACGAUAUGGUUUGGAGGACAUUCCAAAUCAUCCAAUUUGCUGAUACGGAAGGCAAACCAUGAGGUAAACACAGAAAAGCUGCUAAAUACGAUUAUCUUGUGAGCUCGUUCCUUGUUAUUCCCUUUUAUUUCAAUUGGGUUGUUAAGUGAAUAAAAUAUUGCUAUUUUCUAUAGCACGGGUUCCCACCCGGUGGUCCGCGACCCCCUGGGGGGCCGUGAAGCCAGUCCAGGAGGCCGCGAUGUUACCAAAAAAAAUGAUAAAUUUUCAUUCUAUUUUGUGCAAAUUAUACCAAUUUUUAAAUUAGGAAACCGCCACCCCCAAACGCCACUAUUUGAGGAACAAAUCUUCAGUAUAAAACGCCUUUGAAGAAAAAAAUUUUCGGCUGCACCGCUAUUUUUCAGCAACGACUCGAAUUGAAUGUACAUGACAUUAUUGUUUACGAAAUGUGAGUAUCGAAUAAAAAAAACGUAUCAUUGAUCGUCGAGUAAACUUCCGGCUACGUCAAAAAACUCGUUUCGUUCAUUGAAUUCAUAUUUUUUUCUUAAAAUUUAAUGUUUAAUGUAAUUUAAAAAGAAUGUUAUGACAAUUCUUAAAGGGGGUCGCCACCUCAAGAAGUUGGGAACCCCUGUUCUAUAGCGUAAUCGAAAAAGCUAAUUUUUCUGAGUAUAACGUGAUUUUAUUGGAUUCCAAUACCUUUGUUUUGAUGGUUAAAUCAACAAAAAAGUUUUAAUUUUCGUGGAUAGAAUGACAGUUCAAUCGAUAAAAUGACAGUUCGACCCGAAAAAAAAUUCCCCAUAUAAACUUUGAAUGCAUUUUUAAAAUAGUUCCCGGACUCCAAAAAUUAUGAAAUUUUGGAUUUCGCCAAAUUUUUGGGCGGAGUAUCCGACUAUGUAAUAAUCCGGACACUCCUAAAGAACCCAAUUCAGUUAUGACAAAUACCUUGAUAUUUAGGAAAAGGAUCCCAUUACACAUGAAAAAUAUUUGGCCAAACAAGCCCAACAAAUGACCAACACAACGAGAAUCAUGGCAACCUUGGAUGAAUGUCGGACUACAUUGAUAUAUAAAUAUGCUCGUCUAAUGGGCUAUAAAGGAAGCGGAAGCAAAAUGAACUAGUUUUCGGGCAAAUGUACGUUGGGUGACCAGGCUUUUGACACGAGAAAACAACCAUCAUGUUGUUUUCCGAAGAUCUCCAGUGAAUUUAGCAUGCCCUGCUACAACAAACCAUCAGGUAGAUGAUUCCGUUCCUAUAUGAUUCUGCUGACACAAGUAAUCCUUGCGCUGAUGGUGAGGUACGUACGUACGUACUGAUGCAAUCCUCCAACGUUCUAGAACUGUUUUGGCCACGUCCUUGCGUCUGAGCUCUACGAUCGGUCAGACCUAAAUGUCACGGCAAUUUUGGUAUGUACUGUUAGUGAUAGGGUUAAUUCCAAAGGAUACGUUUGGUCAUCCUUUAUGGGUAGUAUGCAGAUCGCAAGAAAUUUCUUGGCCGAUCUCGAUGCGUGGGAAAUUCAGGCAAGGAAUCGCUCAAGAAAUAAGAAAGCGUCGCUUUUAUUCCAGAUUCUAGUACGGAGCUGAAACGAAACGUCAAAUCAAAUGGGGCUUGCUGUGUUGACCCGAGUAGGUGGAAAAAUCUGAUGAAUAGCAUAUUCAGUUAUGAUUGAUUGAAUUACUGAAGAGCAAAAACUGAUAUUGGUUUGAUUGAUAUAAGAGGUAAAAGAACAGAAAUAAUAGCAAAAUCUAAUAUGGUGAACUACUCAAUAAUAGCUCGUUAAGAUAUUACAAGAUCAAAAGAAUAGCAGACAAGAUUUGUCACUUUUUUCUAGAAAAAAAAAUAAAAAAAAUGGCAGCAUCCAGCAUCGAACCUAUGACCUUAGGAUCCCCUGGCGGCGAUGCUUACCACUCAACUGUGGCUCGCUGUUGUAAAUAAGAUGGGAAUAAGAGCAUGCGGUUCUUCGUUUCCACAGCUCAGAAAGCGGCACAAGGCAUUUCACUAACAUUGAGCCAUCUCUGUGGGUGUAUGUGUUCCAUUUCGUGCAGAAGAGCUAAACUUGUUCUUAGGCACCCUACACACUACUCAAACCGUUUGACCAACAUUGCCACCGCCCCCAGGUUGGUCGAACUAGCGAAUGUUUCUGAAACCGUAUGACGAACUGCCAAAUCGUGUUGCACCAACAUGUCACUUUGGUUGCACCAACAUCAUCCCCCAUUUGAAAUCGCACUGUGUUUGUGCAACAACACUACACACGGUACGAUUGGUUCGUCAAACAUUGGCUCCGCCCACCGUUGGUUUGAGUAAAAUCAAACUGGUUUGAUUUUUGCCGACCAAACCGUCAACCGUCAAAUCGGUUUGACGAACUGCCAAAUCGGUUCGUCAAGCAGCAUCACACACGGUCAAACUUAGCACCAACUUCAACACCAACCUGGGGGCGGAGUCAAUGUUGGUCAAACCGUUUGACUGGUCUGUAGGGUGCCUUAUGAAGAAAUUUUCAGCUAUUUCGACAAGAACAAAAACUGAUACCAUAUCACUUUGAGCUAUUCGUGCGAUAUUCGCUAGAAUUUUGAAUAACUAAUCAAAAUCACAUCGAGCUAUGACAGCAAAAAGUGUUCGAUUUGAGAUAUGAUUCAGAUAUUCUCAUCUGCCCGGGGAAUUUCUUGUCUUUCCAUUCCGGUCACGGAAAAAUAAUGCACUGAACGAAAAUUAUUUGAGCGAUUCCGUUUGAAGUGCAUACCUCGCAUUAGUAGGCGUUUUGCUGUGGUAACGAACGGGAAGUAGCAGCCCUCAUAACAGUGGUCUAGACUGUACCACCUACGAAUUUGUGCAUAAUAAUACUAAUGGUAAUGAUAAAGGAAAAUUGAAACACUGUUUUCGUCCUGCAUUUCAUUUUCUGAAUGUAUUAACUACAAAAUAACAAUGCAACAUCACCGUAAAUAACAAUGCAAUGACAGAAUCUAUUCAA